AUGUCAAAGCGUUCAUAUCCUAGUGGUGCUUCAAAGAGGCAGAGAGCAAUCGUAAAAGAAAUCAACGAAAAAAAAAUCAUAAAUUCUUUACCUAAGCUUACAGAUUUUUUUUCUUCUGUUCCUCCCAAAGAAGAAACUAAUUUAGUUUUACCAAUAUCCCAAGAAACGAUAACAAUUAACCAACAAUCACAAGUAUCUCAAAAUCCUACUUUAAGCCUUAAUAAAUAUUUCGUUGAUUCUCCAGAAACAGUUGAGGACAAUUCAUUAGUAUCAAAUGAUCCCGGAAAUUGGAAUACAUUAACUGAGGAAAAACGAAAUAUGUAUAUUAAAAAAGGUUCCAAAUUUUUUCAAAAUAAAGAUAGUGACUUUUUAAAUUCCGCACGAAAUUAUACAGAAUCAAAUGGUAAAAUUAAAGUGAGACACUUAACCAAGUCAAUAUUCACUCGUCAACUAAAAAAUGGUGAAAAUGUCGAUAGAUCGUGGCUUUUAUAUUCUCCCUCGAAAAAAGCUUUGUUUUGUUUUGUAUGUCGUCUCUUUUCUUCUACAAAAACUGGAUUUAGUUGUGAACAAGGAUUUAAUGACUGGAAACAUGUUCAUACGGUUGUCUUGGAGCAUGAAAAUAGCUUAAUGCACAGAGAAUCUGUCAUGACUUUUUCUGUUAGGACCAAAAAUAAUGGUCGCAUAGAUCAAGAAAUAUCUUAUCAAAUAAACUUAGAAGUAAAUUAUUGGAAAGAAGUUUUAAAGAGAAUUGUUGCUGUAAUAAAAUUUUUGUCGUCACGAGGAAUUGCGUUUCGCGGAGAAAAUCAAAUAAUUGGAUCUCAACACAAUGGGAACUAUUUGGGCUGUUUAGAGUUAAUAAGCCAAUUUGAUCCAUUUCUUUUAGAACAUUUAAAUAAAUAUGGAAAUCAAGGCAAAGGAAAUCCUUCAUAUUUGUCAGCUAAUAUUUGUAAUGAAUUUAUUAACAUAAUGGGGAGACAAGUGCUAAAUGCAAUUCUUUCGGAAUUAAAAGUGGCUAAAUAUUAUUCAAUUAGUGUUGAUUCCACUCCUGAUCUUUCUCAUAUUGAUCAAAUGACAUUCAUUAUUCGGUAUGUUAAUGAUGAUACUCCAGUUGAACGUUUUUUGGAAUUUAUUCCUAUUGAUGAACAUGGAUCUGAGUAUUUAUUUAAAGUUAUUUUAUCUUUUCUUGAAAAAAAUCAGAUUAGUUUGAAUAACUGUCGUGGCCAGUCGUAUGACAAUGCUGCAAAUAUGUCAGGACAAUAUGCUGGUCUACAAGCUAGAAUAAAAGAAAAGUGUAAUUUUGCUAUUUUUAUUCCAUGUGCAGCUCAUUCUUUGAACUUGGUAGGGGUUCGUGCAGCAGAAUGUGUUAUGGAAGCAGUAAGUUAUUUUCAAUUUGUACAAAAAUUGUAUAAUUUUUUUUCGAGUUCUACCUAUCGUUGGAGUAUCAUGAAAAAGUGCCUAGGCUCACAUCAUGUUUUAAAGUCACUAUCAGAAACUAGAUGGUCUGCUCGAGCUGAUGCUGUUACUGCUUUGUGUAAUGGUUACAAGGAAAUUUUAGAUGCUCUAAAAACAAUUGAAAUAGAUGAUAAGACUUCACCAAAUGUUAAAAACGAAACCCAUGGCUUAAUUAAGAAAAUGAAAAAGUUGGAAAAUAUUGUUCUUACUGAAAUUUGGAGUAAAAUCUUAUCAAGAAUAAAUGAAACAAACAAAAAUUUACAAAAAGAAAACCUUACUAUUGACGUCGGUUCAAAAUUAUUUGAUUCUCUUGCUGGUUUUCUAAGUGAGAUUAGAGAUAACUUUUAUUGUUAUGAAAGUUCCGCUAGAGAAAAAUUUCCAGAUUCUGACUAUAAAGAUUUACACCAACGAACUAAGAAGAGGAGUAUUCAUUUAACAUUACCCGGUGAACUGACAAACAAAAGUACAUCGUUUUCAGGUAGUGAAAAAUUCAAAAUAGAMACUUACUUCCCAAUAAUAGAUACAUUAAUAACUCAGUUAAAAAUUCGUGGUAAAUCAUACAAUACAAUAAAUAAACUGUUUGGAUUUUUCUCUAAUUUAAAAAAUUUAGAGACAAAAGAAGUACAAGUCCAUUGCAAAACAUUUGCGGAAUUUUAUCACGUAGAUAUUAAUGAAAAUGAAUUAAUUUUAGAAUGUAUACACUUAAAAGCGUAUCUAUCGGAACUUGAUAUUUCUGAAUUCAGUAUUUCUAUAUAG